AUGGCCGACCUUCCUUCGGCGGCCGAUACGCCGCAGCUCGGCCCAGCACAUCUGCAGCCAGCCGGAGAUUUCUCAGACGAUGAGGACCUUCACGAUGAGUCCCCAGAACCUGAAGAUGGAGGCGCGGUGAAUGGAUCAUCCAGCCGUGAUCAUACGGUCGAUCGCCUCAGCGCAGACAUCGGACGUGUCGAGCUUGAUCCCAGCGUCGAUCCUUCACUUGACGAGAACCAGGUGGUGUUGCCUCGGGACAAGCAACGGCGAACUGCAUUCUACGAUUAUGCUUCGGAGAAACAAAUGAGCCAAGCUGAGGCAAAGCUUUUCUAUCAGCGGCAUCAGAUGGAUGCGCAAGAGCUACAAAGCCCAAGCAUCAUGGCUCGAAAUUUCUCUGCUAGCCUUGGUCACAGUCCAGCACCGAGCCGAGCUGAGAGUAUCAAGUCAAGACAAACACAAGGAAGCCGCUAUAAAUCGGCAUUGCCUGUGAGCCUCGAUCAGCACAAGGAUGGCGGGGAUGCGCGCUCGCGAGGUGUCUCGGGAACGUCGACCCCGGACCCAUUUGUCGAAGCAGAUAUGUCUGCGCGUGAGCAUUCACACCAUCCAGGGCUGCCACAUGAGUACAAGCCGCCAAUGCUGGCUGACCAAGGUAUUCAUGGUGCAGGGGCUGGUGUGGGCCUGGGAACUGGUGCUGGGGGGUUCGCUGCGCACGAGACUGAAAUUACUUCCGAGCUGAGCGCGAUAUAUACCAACAUCCAGAAGGUAUUGGAUAUUCGAAAUCGAUACAUUCGCUUGUCACUGCAAGGCCCAGGCGAUAAUCCAAAAGAUGAACCAAGCUGGAAGAUAUAUCCUCCGCACCCCGAGCCUGUUUGGGACGACGAAAAGACAAGGCCUCGUCCAAUGGGCGACAAUGGCCUUCUACCGCCACCGGAAGGGGAGGACGAACAUCUCGGAAGAGGAGACUAUGUGGAGACAAGCACAUCUCGCCUGCACGCUGCACCUUUGCGUAGAAGGAAGGCUGGUCACAAUAUUGGAGAGGAUUUCGACAUGAAUGAUCUUCUGCCUUUGCCGGAGAAGGCCGAGAUGGACUUUCGUCUGGAUGACACCAGUGUAUUUCAAGUCUAUGAGACAUCAAAGUCGGCUGAGAUGGGCACCCCAAUUUUACAAAUUCCUACAAUCCGCGAGUUUUACAUGGAUUUGGAUGAAAUUCUCAAUGUUUCGUCAGAUGGGCCAAGCAAGAGCUUUGCGUUCCGACGUUUGCAAUACCUUGAAGGCAAAUUCAAUCUCUAUGUCCUCUUGAACGAAUAUCAAGAAAUGGCCGACAGCAAGAAAGUUCCUCAUCGAGACUUCUACAAUGUACGAAAAGUAGAUACCCACGUUCAUCAUUCAGCUUGUAUGAACCAGAAACACCUUCUCCGCUUCAUCAAGAGCAAGAUGAAGAAGUCACCCGACGAAGUGGUUUUGUUCCGUGAUGGCAAGCAUCUCACCUUAAAGGAGGUCUUUGAAAGUAUCAAUCUCACGGCGUAUGACUUGAGUAUUGAUACGCUGGAUAUGCAUGCCCAUACGGAUUCUUUCCACCGUUUCGACAAAUUCAACCUGAAGUACAAUCCCGUCGGCGAAUCACGUCUGCGAACGAUCUUCCUCAAGACGGACAACUUCAUCAAAGGACGUUAUCUGGCCGAAAUUACCAGAGAAGUAAUGUCUGAUGUGGAGUCAAGCAAGUAUCAAAUGGUGGAGUGGCGAAUCUCAAUCUAUGGGCGAUCACUUGAUGAGUGGGAUAAGCUUGCUGCAUGGGUAGUAGACAACAGAUUGUUCUCUCCCAACGUCCGAUGGCUUAUUCAAGUGCCAAGAUUGUUUGAUAUCUACAAAUCUUCUGGUCUCAUGGACAAUUUUGAGCAGGUUGUCGUCAAUCUCUUCCAGCCACUCUUUGAAGUAACCAAGGAUCCUUCCAGUCAUCCUAAGCUCCACGUAUUUCUGCAACGUGUCAUUGGCUUUGACAGCGUUGACGAUGAGAGCAAAGUUGAGCGCAGACUUUAUCGGAAGUUCCCUCUGCCAAGAGCCUGGAACACUAUGCAAAACCCGCCUUACAGCUAUUGGAUCUACUACCUGUUUGCUAACAUUGCUUCGUUGAACAUGUGGCGGAAGCAGCGUGGUUUCAACACUUUCCUUCUUCGACCUCACUGCGGUGAGGCAGGAGAUACAGAUCAUCUUGCGUCGGCAGCCUUGUGCUGUCACAGCAUCAGUCACGGCCUGCUUUUGCGCAAGGUUCCUUUCUUGCAGUAUAUUUUUUACCUCGAGCAGAUUGGUAUUGCCAUGUCGCCGCUUAGCAACAACGCCUUGUUUCUGGCUUACGAGCGCAAUCCGUUCCUGCAAUAUUUUCGACGUGGUCUCAACGUUUCCUUGUCCACGGACGAUCCUUUACAGUUCGCCUUCACAAAGGAGCCACUCAUCGAGGAGUAUUCGGUUGCCGCACAGAUCUAUAAGCUCAGUGCUGUGGACAUGUGCGAGCUGGCCAAGAACUCUGUUCAUCAGAGUGGGUUCGAGCAUCCUGUCAGACAACAUUGGCUUGGACGGGACUAUAUGAUGCCAGGCGUGCGAGGAAAUAAUGUGGCCAAGAGCAACGUACCGAAUAUCAGAGAAGCUUUCAGACAUGAGACACUUAUGCAGGAGCUUUCAAUGUGCGCACUUCCCUUGACACCUUAUCUUUACCCCAAACAGCCUUCGUCUUUUCUAGCCCCCAAACACCCGGAUUGCAAAAACUGA